CAUUCACACAGGAAAGGGUGCAGAAAUUAGCCAAUCAUUAAACGAGUCAGAUGCACUAGAAGCAACAGCCUCAUCUCUCUUUGAAGAAAUGACCUCGGAAUCCAAGUCAUUAAUAAGGGGAGAUUCAUCAGAGACAAUGAUCCCGGCUCAGUUUGGAGUUGAUACAGAAACCUCGGAAUCCAAGUCAUUAAUAGAGGGAGAUCCGUUAGAAACAAUGAUCCCUGCUCAGUUUAGAGAAAUGCGAUCAUUACCUAAGGAUUACGAAGCAUAUGAACUGAGGAAAUUUACAUUUCCAGAACUAGCAAUUGCAACUGGUCAUUUCACCAACGCCAGAUUUCUUGGCGGUGGUGGUUUUUGUGCUGUGUAUCGGGGAUCCCUUCCGCAAGGUAAAGAGGUAGCCAUUGAGAGACUCUAUUUUCAGCUUGAUGGACAGCAGCAAGAAGAAAUUGAGAAGGAGAUUAAUGCCGUUGGCAAUGUCCGUCACGAAAAUCUUGUUAAGCUGAUCGGCUACUGCCGUGAAGAUUUUGAUACAUGCCUUGUUUUAGAGUUUGUUCCCAACAAUUCCUUGAGAUUUCAUCUAAAUGAUGAAGAGCGAAGAUCAAAUUUGAAGUGGUCAGAAAGAAUGAAAAUUGCUAUAGGUUCUGCAAAAGGUUUGGCUUAUCUACAUGAAGAAUGUAAUCCUAAAAUCAUCCACCGAGAUAUCAAGGCAAAAAAUAUACUUCUUGAUGAUAAUUGUGAACCAAAGGUAGAGUAAUUUGAUUCCAAAAAAGCUUUUCGUCCAUAUGAAUAUUGAUAACCUUAUCUGAUACAUACACCAAACAGAUUUCCCUUCAUUUUCCAUAAAUAAAUAAAUAAAUAUAUACACCAACCAUGUUUCCCAAGUUUUAUAUUUAUGAAGACUGUCAUAGACUGAUAGUAUGCCUCCAUCCUUUUCUUAUUGACAAGAAACAGAGGUGGUCCAGUGUUCCUCUCAUAUGUGUUAUUUCAAGGCAAAUUUCAAACAAGUCCUUGUAAUAGGACAAUAAAGUGCCAUAUUGAAACCUGAGCUAAAUACUGAUUUUUUUUUUUUAAUAUUCUAUGCAUGUUUGGUUGUCUUGCACCAUAUACACUGAAUCUAUUAAUUUACAUAAUGUCAAUUAAUUUUGUCUGAGAUAAUACAAAGGUUAAGUAUAUAGAAUCCUAUAUAAAUCCAAAAUAAAUUAGCUCACACUACUAUUUU